UAUAAGAUAAACGGAGUAUGGACUUGGUUGUUUGUAGUUAAAUGUAACUUUUGUACGACCGUUAGUGUAGUAAAAUGGCAAAACAUUUCUUUUGUUCGCCAAGCAAAAGUAUACAUUUAAAAUUUCGAGAAGCCCCCUUUGACCUACUCACAGAUUUUCUUGUUAAUCUCAACAAAAGAAACAAAAAUAACCUCAAGAGUUUAUCAAAAUGUAGCGGAAACUUCAAAGAUAAAAGACUAAUCGAAUACAUUUUCCUGAUAACUAAAGAACUAAGACUCGAUCCGCUGGCUGGAUACCAAGCCAUCGAAUUACUUCAAAGGUUCAUGGUCAAGCACCUUACAGAUUUGUUGACCACACCCACACCUCCAGGUGCAGCUGCUGAUCAACCAGGAAGUUAUGAGGAUGCUGUGUUUGACAAGCUCAAGGACAAAUUCCCCCUCAUCGUCUUCACCUGCGUGCAACUUGCAAGCAAACUGUCUUUGCAUAGUCAUAUAAUCGACAACAAUACUGCUGUGCGCUUUCUGCAUUCAGUCGGCCACAGUGUUUCCAAGCAGACUGUCCUGGAAUCAGAGCUGAUGGUCUUAAAAGGUCUAGAAUUUAGACUAAAUACUACUAACCCACUGACAUAUGUGGAAAUCCUUCUGGAGGUGCUUGGACACAAUGAAUCAUCCAUCCCUGUGGAGCGCCUGUACCAGCUGUGCCAGCACGUUCUCCAGUUCGUCAGCCUACAGAGGACUGCCAUCUACAACUCUUUGUUAGUGACGACCACUCAGUGUGUCAACCCAUCCAAACAACAGAGAGAGAAGUUUGUGACAGUGACUGAAGACUGCAUGCUUCUUGGCGUUGGUGUCAUUGCUGUGACUACAUUCAUCCUCUAUGUCAGAAAAUGGGAACAGGUAGUGGGAGAACUGAGCCACAUCACAGGAAUCUCAACAAGGAGCAUCAGCGAUUUCGCUCAUGUGACAUUGAUGCACAUUGUUAGAACCAGUUCUCCUGCAACAUCAACUUGAGUCUUGAUAACACUUGUUCACUGACUCCUGUGUAAUCCUCUUAGUGUGGUUAUGGUUAAGUUUGAUUUCUAACAUGCACCUGAGGAUGGAUUAAAACAAAGCAUCAUCUGUGUACUGAAAUACCUAAUGUAAUGAAAUGGUGCCAAAAGAAUAAAUCAAUAUAGAGGUCAGUUAUUAUAGGAAUAAUUUGAACACUUGAUACUUUACUGAAUGUAAUGGCAAUUGUAUUAAACAAUUACUUAAUCAUAAUAUACUGUAUAUCUCCAACGCUUACAUUUCCUGUGCCACAUUGAUCCACUCACUUAAAUUAGAUGCAUAGUGGUUUAUUGUAAGAUACAAAAAAAGAAGACUGAUCAAGUGUCAGACGACUCUGGUGCGCUUCUCGUCCUCUGUCUGUUUCUUCUGAGUCUCAUCCUUAUUAGGUAGGGAAGCAGUGACCAUAUCUGCACCUGAGGACAGAAUUAAUAACGCCAUGUUACCAUACAUUUCAGUUUCCAUUCUAUACAAAAAUAUAAUGUCCUUCAGUUCAUAGUAGAAUAUUGAAAAAAUGUUUGUAUUCAAAGAAAUGUUUUAUUUGGGGAACACUAAUAAAUACUAUAUGUUGUCAAAAUCAUAAAUUCGUUACAAUAAAUACAAAUACACAAGACAGUACAAAACACAAACUCAACAAUAGCACAUUAAACACACAAAAACAAAACAAGAAAAUAAAUAUAUA